AAUGCAGUCAUUUAGUACCUGUGCCAGGUUUUCAAUAUAAAGUGCUUAAUCAACUCCACAUUGACAAAUGCAACCAGACCACGGAGGUUUGACCAGACUUUCGUAUGGUAAUCUAAAGCGAUUAUAGUGAAACCGUCCAAUUGAAAACGGGAUUGCAAGAUCUCUCAACCAAUCAGAAGUCUCCGUGUUGCCCAGCCUUCCUCCUUUUUUGGAACCUUACUUAACUGUGGAAUAGCAUCUGUUUUGCCCAAAUAUCCAGGUUUAAUAGGAACAUUUAGCGAUGUAUAUUUUUGAAACGAUGACACAGUGGAUGUGUAUCAUUGGAGCAAGCUUCAUAACCACUUUCGUCUUCAUCUAGCGACAGGUUCCUAAUACAAUUAUGGAGUUUUGAGAAGGGUUUUGUGUGUGUUGGGGGGGAAAGGGGGCCUUUCCCCUCAAUUUGGAUGGACUAUUUGAAGAGACUUUCUGGAGGGUUAAUGAACUUGUUGCCCUUUGUAAAAUAUUGUAUUUAAAAAAAUUAAAAAAAAUUUUAAAGGAGAAAGUAUUUUUAAGAAAUAUUUCUAGUAUAUUUGUAUUUUAUGUAAGUAUAGUAGUUAUAGACGUUUAUUUAAUGAAUUCCUGAUGCCAUUGUAUGUUUCAAACACAUUUGGUUGUGUUGAGCUUUGGGUUGACAUGGUGGACUGAGAUGACCUAAAACAAGGCCCUGGGGUUGCUAGGGUGCGGUGGAACCUCAACACAAGCACAAUUCUAGCACCCCAAAACAAUCUCCCACUUUUUUCUAUUUUCUUCCGAGAGCAGUUACAUUAUAGUUUCAAAGUCAAACUGACUUGACCUAAAGCAUUAUCUUAGGGUUUGUUGUACUGAAGGGUUGCUGUUUCAGUGUUUGUUUUAGAGUUGGGAGUGUGGGGGGGAGCAGGGUCUCUGUGACUGCAUUAGAGCGGGGAGUUCACAGCAAAGUUUAGAAGUCACUCAGGAUGAGCGUGGUGAUGGCAACCCCAGACUGCACGCCAAAGUGCCGCUCCAUGCGGCAUGCAGAUGAGGUGGUGGCGGCGCUGACGCAGGGUUCAGAGGGGCGCUUGCAGGCCUUCCUCAACACCCACUGCCACAACGCGGCCACACUGAGGGACGCCUUCGGCCGCACGGCCCUGCACCUGGCCGCCUCGCUGGGCAAGAGGGCCCUGCUGGAGUGGCUGCUGGAGAGGAAGAGCGCUGACCUCAUGGUGAAGGACAAGGAGUCUGGCUGGACCGCCCUGCACCGCAGCGUCUUCUACGGACACAUCCACUGCCUCAUGUCACUUGUUAAGCAUGGCGGCAUUCUCUCCACCCAGGAUAAGGAGGGCCUCUCUGUCCUGGACUUAACCAUAAAGGACAGACCAGCACACGUGGUAUUUACAAAGACUGACCCCACUGAGGUAUAUACUUGGGGGAAUAACACCAAUUUCAGUCUGGGGCAUGGGAACCAGGAGAGCAGGCAUCACCCGGAGAUUGUGGAUCUGUUUGCCCGGACCGGGGUUUACGUCAAACAGGUGGUGCUGUGUAAGUUCCACUCAGUGUUCCUGUCUCAGAAGGGACGGGUGUAUACCUGUGGACACGGGCAGGGAGGUCGGCUGGGACACGGGGACGAACAGACAUAUCUGGUUCCUCGGAUGGUGGAGGGGCUCCUGUCCCAUCACUGCUCCCAGGUGGCUGCAGCCAAGGAUCACACAGUGGUGCUGACCGAGGAGGGCUAUGUCUACACCUUCGGCCUCAACACCUUCCACCAGCUGGGCCUGGCUCCCCCGCCCGCCUCUAGCCACCUGCCCAAACAGGUAUUCUCCAAGAACCUUAAAGGCAGGACUGUGAUUGGUGUAGCAGCAGGGAGAUUCCACACAGUGCUGUGGACCAGGGAGGCUGUCUACACAGUGGGACUGAAUGGAGGGCAGCUGGGCUACCUGAUGGACCCCAACGGGGAGAGGUGUGUGACCGCGCCUCGCCAGGUGUCCGCCCUCUACCACAAGGACGUCACCAUCGCCAUGGCAGUGGCCAGUAAUGGGGCAACGUUGGUGGUGACAGAGAAAGGAGAUGUCUACUUGCUGGCUAACUAUCAGUGCAAGAAGUUGGCAUCCAGACAACUGAACAUCCGGAAGGUCCUUGUGAGCGGAGGCAGCCUGGACCAUCGUGUGGACCCCCAGGUCCUGAACGAGGGAGGUGGAGAGAAGGUGGCCAUCCUGGCCCUGGAUGAAGCUGGGCGGGUGUUCUGCUGGCGUUCAGUGGGUGGUUCGGUGAGACAAUGCAGGUGGGUGUACGGGCGCCAGGUGUUCAUGUCGGACAUUGCCCUGAGCAGGAACAACAUGAUGUUUGUCACACAGGAAGGGGAGGGCUUCAGCGGACAGUGGCACGGAGAGUACAGGAAGAGCGUGGAGAAGAAAGAUGGGAGUGUGGAGGUGUGUGGUUACCCUGAGGGUGGAACUGUGUACGAGCGAAUCCGCUUGGAGAAGCUCCCCUACGUCCACCGUGCGGUCAGCAUCACCAUGGACUCCAAGGGACGCAACUUUGGAGUGCUGCAGUCGGACCCCAAAACCAGCCUGUAUGAGAUUCCCAGCGUGUCUCCCUCCUCCUUCUCCCAACACUUCCAGAGCCUGCUGGAGGAAGCGGACGAGACGGAUAGUAUUCACGACGUGACCCUGCAAAGCGGAGACCGCACCUUCCCCGCCCACAAGUACCUCCUGUCCAUGAGAUCUGAGUUCUUCAGGAAGCAGCUGGUGCUGGACGGGGAGGAGGGAGACUGGGAGGUGAGGAGGAGCGAGGAUGCGGUGUGCUGUGAUCUGCUGGUGGUGGAGACGGUGAGCCCUGAGAUGCUGGAGCACGUCCUGAAGUUCAUCUAUACGGAUUCCUGUGAUCUGCUGGUGCAGGGCCACUGCCCUCGAGUCUUCGGCCAGAACCAGAAUCAACAGGGCCCAGACCCGGAGCAGGAGCAGCUGAUCAGCAGCCUGCAGGACCUGGGCUUCCAUGAGGGCAACUUGAGGGACCGCUCCGCCCUGGAAGUGUACCGCUCGCUGACCCCCUCGGCUCGAGGGGACGGAGACAAGCCCAAAAGCAAGGGUACCAAGCCUGGGAAAAAAGGCAAGGGAGGCAAGGCUGGAGCUGGAGAGGGAGGAAGAGUCAACCCGGUCAAGACCUUACAGGGCGUGGCCAAGAAGCUCGGCAUGGGCAGUCUGUCGGCACGUUUGGACGGGGUGAAAUAUGAAAACGGGAAGAUCAAUGUAGUGCAUAAGAUGACGGCCAACAAGCCACGAUAUAACCAGAAAAAGUGCUCCUACCUCUGUGACGUCACUCUGAGGUCUGUGGAUGGAAAGGAGUUCCCCUGUCACAAGUGUGUGCUGUGUGCCAGACUUGAGUACUUCCACAGUAUGCUGGCGAACCCCUGGAUAGAGGCCACUUCAUGUAGUGCACUGGGGAUGCCCACCAGCUCAGAUAUACUUCAGGUCAUCCUAGAUUAUGUCUACACUGACGAGUCUCCCACUAUCAAAGAGUCUCUGAAUGUGGAGUUUGUCUGCAACGUGUUGGUGGUGGCCGAUCAGCUUCUCAUCACCCGACUGAAGGAGAUGUGUGAAGUGACCAUUACUGAGAACCUGACACUGAAGAACGCUGCAGAGCUGCUGCAGUUUUCUGCCAUGUACAACGCUGAGCAGCUCAAACUAUCCUGCAUCCAGUUCAUUGUGCUCAACAUGGCUGCCCUGCUCGAGUCCAAAGCGCUGGAUAUCUUGAGUGAUGACGUGCUGGUGGAGCUCUCUACCUCUUAUAGGAGUAUGAUUCCGGCCAUGCAGAUGCGACUCAUCACGCCUUACCCAGACGCCCCGGACCUAAGUGUGUACGAGGACAGGGACUCUUCAUUCAGCUCUAAUGCUGACACUGAACUGAACUACUCCUGCAGGGAGACUCUGUUGAAGAAGGCUAAGUUAAAGGCCAAGAGAAAACCAAGGCGACGCUCCGACAGCUCAGGGGGUUACACUCUUUCUGACAUCAUCCAGAGUCCACCUGCUGCAGUCUCAGUCCUCUCUCCCAGCCUGGUAAAGUCAGGAAAGACCAACUCCAUGGAGUCUCUGCAGGAGCUGAUGACAUCUGACUCUGAGGGCAGCUACAUGGGUGUGGGCAGCCCCCGAGAACUCCAGAGUCCCGUGUUCCACGACAGGCCCGAGGAGGAGAGGGCUGGAGGAGGUCCCAGGCUGAAGACUCCCCCCAGCACCCCCACCACCACCAUGAGGAACGGCCUCCCCGCCGAACCCCCAAAGAGUUCUGCCCUAGAGCACAUCCCCAAGGUCACAGCCAGUCCUGCUCUGCCACUUCCUGUCUUGGAUCUCAGGGCAAUCAUGGAUAUGGAAGCCAGCUCAAAGACACAAAGUCUCGGAGCCACUCCCAAAAGUCCUGGCAGUGUUGGCAGCAGCAGCAAGCAGUCCCCUCUCCCAGCCAAGCUCUCCCAGAAGCAGAGGAAGAUGAUCGCCAUGGCAACCAAGGAGGGCAGUGUUGAGGGCGUGCUAUCCAAAUCGACACCAGUGAUUACUCCCUCAAAGAGUGUGAAAGCAUGGGCCACUCCGUUCCAGACACCCCCUUCGUCUCGAGCGUUCCGGGACCUCCUGGUGGAGGAGGAGAGCCGGGUCAGGAACGGGGGUCUAGGGGCCCCGGGAAGACCAGUAGCUCAGGGGCCUCUGGUCUCUGCUGCCAGGAGGGUUAACUUCAAAUGUACUGCUGAGCCCCCCAGUGAGCCAGAGAGACCCGCCGGCCCCUGGGUGCUGGGAGCGGCGGGCAGCCCCCCUACAGCCUCCAUGGUAACCUUUGCUUCCAUCGUGGAGGAGGAGAAACAGCAGGAGGCUGCACUGAUCCGUAGCCGAGAGAAACUGCUUGCACUCAUUCAGAUUGAGGAGGCAGCGAUCCAAGAGCUUUUGCAUCACUAUGGCGCCCGCAACAACCCCAACGAGAUGAUUGUGGUGGAGAGGUCUGUCCAGGGGCCCAUCGCCACCCCCUUCUGGAACAAACACUGAGACGUCACACCCACAUAUACUUGUGAGACGUCACACCCACAUAUACUUGUGAGACGUCACACCCACAUAUCCUUAUGCGUCUCCUGUCAGUCAGUGUUAAGAUAUACCCCAGGCCCAGUUGUGCCAGUGGGCUGGGUCUGACGCAGUUCUUUUAUGCUUAACUCCAGUGUUCUUUUCUCGUGUUAACCUUUUGAGAGUGUCCCUGAGGAAGGAACGGUGGGGGAGAAAAGAUUGAGGUUUAUAAGUUACGACUCCCAUGUUAUGCACGUUUUUUGCACUUUGCCAUCAAAACAUGAGUAAAGAUAUUCUUCCAAAAAGUUUCAGCCAUUUUAAAAUAUGUUCACAGUAGUUAAGUAGUUGCCAAAGACAAAGUAUAUAAGGAAAUGGAGCAGUCCAAACUACAAAUUGGGUCCAAAACUAUAUUACCCAGCAGGAUUGGUCAGCACGUGCAUAAGCUGUGUGCCAAUUAGGGAAAGUACUACAGCACGAGUUCCUCUGAGAAGAACUAGGCUGAAAGAAAGUCAGAGCCUGGAGUUCAGAGGCUAGCCUGAUCUGGUUGCUACCUAGUUCUACUUUAUGAGUUGGGAAAUUAGUUGUGUUCUGGAUAUAUUGUGUGAUGCAGUGUAGUUGAAUCAUGAAAGGAGUGUAGUGAGUGACGGUGUCAUGCAUCCUGCCAUUUUCUAAUGUGAGCUAAUUGCAUAUGAGAGUUCGCUGGUGUUUCCCUUUUAUCAGAGUUAUAGGACAAGCUGACGAGUGUUUGUGCCUUGCUUCCACCCUGACGAUCCUCUGAUGUAUACUCACUAAUAAUUUCACUACUUUCUGCCUGGCUGUAUUUGAGUUGUUUUGCUUUAUUUUGUGUUCUGGAGCCGAUGUGUUGGCUUGGUACCCCAGACUCGGACCAUGUAAACCCAGUCUUAUUCCAUGCAGCACCCUUCGUUUGAGACUUUGGAUGUGAGAAAAUGGCAUGCAAUAAACUCACCUGUGCAAUGA